GCGGAGGGCUGGGCUGGGCCGCGCCGCGCCGCUCGCUGCAGCGCUCGGCUCCGCUCUGCUCCGCCGUCGGGCAGGGAGAGGAGAGCCAGAGAGGAAAGGGACGGGACCGCCGCGCCCAGCCCCGCCGCCCGCCGCCCGGCCCGUGCCCCGCCGCCCGCCCCGCUCGUCCCCACCGCCGCCCGCGCGAAGAUGGCCGGCUGGCAGAGCUACGUGGACAACCUGAUGUGCGAUGGCUGCUGCCAGGAGGCCGCCAUUGUGGGCUACUGCGACGCCAAGUACGUCUGGGCAGCCACGGCCGGCGGCAUCUUCCAGAGCAUCACGCCAGUAGAAAUAGAUAUGAUUGUAGGAAAAGACCGAGAGGGUUUCUUCACCAAUGGUCUGACCCUUGGUGCAAAGAAGUGCUCUGUGAUCAGAGAUAGCCUGUAUGUCGAUGGUGACUGCACAAUGGACAUCAGGACAAAGAGUCAAGGUGGUGAGCCGACAUACAAUGUUGCUGUAGGCAGAGCUGGCCGAGCAUUGGUUAUAGUCAUGGGAAAGGAAGGUGUCCAUGGAGGGACACUCAACAAGAAAGCAUAUGAACUGGCUUUAUACCUGAGGAGGUCUGACGUCUAAGCAGCCUCUCCCCAUCCACCUAGCAACUGUCUUCACCACCACCCAGUUGUGUUCAGUGCUACCAGACUGUAGAUGGUAGUUUGUGUUUUUUAUUUACCCAUUUCCUAAUGUCAUAAUUCCAGUUACCCUUUGUUCAUUUAUAUGUUAACCACUGUAUGUAACCAAGUCCCACAUCUGGCACCAUUACUGCACCACAAAGAUGAUAUGCAUGAUACCUUGAAAAACUCUUGGGAGGGGAAUACGCCAAGUGUAGGCUUUGCUUUGUCUUAGCAAUUAGUGUGAUAUUGACAACUAAAACAACUUAAAUACUAAACAAGGUGCCGAUUGUACAAUCUAAUUUGAUCAAUGCCUCUUCAGCACUUUGAGCAAUGACACAGCUCACUAGUCUUCCUUUCAUAGAGCAUGGUUGGGAGGAAAAAAGUGCAUGCAUAUCUUUACUUCUGUCCCUCUUUUUUUUUUUUUUUUUUAAAUCCACGUUUGUUUGCUUACACCCAUUUUUAUAGUGCCUGGUUUGUUUAACCAAUUUGCCACUCAAAAGCUAUUAAUGUUACGUUAGUUUUGUCGUUGCACUUCACUGUAGGCUGAAGUUUUAUUUUUUCUUCACGAUGUCUGAAGCUUGUACUGCUUAACAAGUGCAAUCACAAAACUAUGAAAGGGUACAGAUGCACUUCCUCCCAUGACCUUAAAACCACCAUCCCGAAUGAAUCCCCAGCAACAUUCCAUCAUUGCAAUAGCUCAGGCACUUUUUUUUUUCUUUUUUUUUUUUUUUUUUUUUUUUUUCAAAA